CUUCUCUUAAAAUGGCCCGCCAGAAGAAUCACGCCAUCCGCACCAGCCCCAUCAACGACCUGCGCCUCGUCGAAUCCUCCAUUCCCGAGAUCACUGGCAUGGCUCUGCAUGUUGGUCAAGAACCCCCAAGACACUCCGAAGCCGGGGCGAGCACAGUGCAUCUCCGACAUAAGUAGAUUGAUUAGACGAGGAAAUUACCCCAAACGAUUGCGAUCAUCGGCGCUAAGAGCUAUACGCGGUGGGGACUAUAAGUUGCAGCCUUGUCGGAAAGGCUUACCUUAUA